AUGGCGAGCGCCACCGGCGCCAUGGCGCUUGGCGACCUCUGGCGAGCUCCAAAAUGCCUUACCACCUUGUGGCCAAGCGAGGUACGUAUGGCGAACGACUUAGCUCGCUUUACCUACAUAGAACGUGUUGACCAAGGCGUCGCCUCAUGUUUCAUCAUGUCUGAGAUUGGAAGAUCACCCCAAAGAGGUGCUACACAAGGUGGAUUAUCUCAGCAAGGAGCAUCUCAGAUGGAUCCAGGAAGGAAGUAUGGAACGUGUGUCUCAAAUAACACCAACAAAUGGAAGUGUAUCUUCUGCAUGAAGGUAACUAAUGGAGGCAUCUCACGUCUGAAACACCACUUGGUUGGAGGUAACACAAGUGUCACGGUGUGUCCUAAUUGUCCAGAGCAUGUGAGAGCUGAGUUGCAAAACGAUGCAAUCAAAAAAGCUGAGGAAAGAGCUGCUCAGAGCUUGCGCUAUGAACCUGUCCUCAAUGAUGGUGAGGCCGAUGUGGAAGUUGAGCCUAAACAGAAAGCUAACCCUAACAAGAGGAAGAAGAGAGGUCUAUUGGACAGGUUUGUCACGUCAACUCCUCCUGAUAUUUUGAAAGGAAGGAAUGAAAUGAAGCGUGUAUUGGGAGCUUGUGACAAAGAUCUGAGGGACAAGACUUGUGCUGGAAUCGCGAGAUGGUUUUAUGAUGCAGGCAUUGCAUUUAACGCUGUCACCUAUGACUCUUUCAAAGAGAUGACACAUUUGAUUGCGCAGUAUGGAAUGGGCUUAAAACCACCUAGUAUGCAUGAGCUAAGAGUUCCUCUUCUUCAGAGGGAAGUUGCCGAGACUCACACUAUGCUUCUUCAACACAAGAAUGAGUGGGCUUCUAAGGGAUUCUCUGAAGUUGUGAAGGAUGCAACACUGCUGUUCAAACUGCUUGAUGAGAUGGUUGAAGAGGUUGGUGAGAAGAAUGUUGUUCAAAUGAUCAUAGAAAAUGCUUCUAACUACGUAAAAGCUGGGAAAUUGCUUGAGGCUAAAAGGCCAAACCUCUACUGGACUCCUUGUGCAGCACACUGUCUUGAUCUUAUGCUAGAAGACAUUGGGAAGCUGGAACCUGUGAAGAAUGCUUUGCAGAAGUGUAUCUUCAUGAGUGGUUACAUUUACUGUCGUGUGCCUCUUGUCAACAUGAUGAGAAGAUUCACCAAUCAACACAAUCUCCAUCGACCGGCUGUAACACGGUUUGCUACUUCAUUCAUUACCAUGUCUCAGUUUCAUAUUCAACAGGCCAACUUGAAGAAGAUGGUCACGUCUGAUGAUUGGAACAAGAGAAAAUGGCCAAAGGAAGCAGAGGCGAAGAAGAUGAAGCAGUACAUUCUACAAGAAAGCUUCUCGAGGAAUGUUGCUUAUGCUCUCAAGCUGACUGGUCCACUAGUUAAGUGA